AUGCAACAGGGUCUAGAUAAAAAAGAUCUUAACAUAUUAUGUCUAUUGCAACAAUAUUUAGGGGGUAUUGGUUCUAUUCAUUCAACUUCAAACAGAGAUGUAGUUAAUUAUUCAAUAGAUUCUAUUAAGGAUUUAAAUAAACUUAUUGUUCAUUUAGAAAAAUAUCCAUUAUUAACGCAAAAAGCCUCAGAUUUUUUAUUGUUUAAAAAAGCGGUAGAGCUUUUUAAUGAAAAAGCUCAUCUUACAGUUGAAAGUCUAGAAAAAAUAGUAAAUAUAAAAGCGUCGAUGAAUUUAGGUUUAUCUGAGACGUUACAAUCAGAAUUCGCUGGAUAUGUUCCAGUUGAAAGACCUGUAGUGAAUUAUGAUAAUGUUAAAUUAGACCCUCAUUGA